UCACUUCGUUAGUAGGGUCUGAAGAACUCUCAUAAGGGUCAAUCUCUGAGUGAACUUUGAGUCUGCAUAUUCAUAAGAAAAUAUUGACCAAUCAGAUAACACGUAUUAGAAAACGGUCGGUAUUAGAAGGAAAAUGGCGGAUUAUCAACGUGCUUUCCAUGUCGUCUUGAAAGAAACAAAAAUAAACAGUCUUAAAGAAAAACAAGUCGAAAUAUUGGAGACUAUUCUGAAUAAUAACAAUUGCCUCGCUAUUUUACCUACCGGGUAUGGAAAAUCUCUCCCAUAUCAACUUUAUUUACCAGUAAUUCGGGCUCUUGGUGAUGAUUGGAGUAAAAAGAAGAACAGCAAAGUCAUAGUUUGUUGCCCAUUAACGUCCAUAAUGGAGGACCAAGUGAAGAAAUUGAAACAAACAACACUUGUUUCUGCAGAAUAUUUAGGUAGUUCUCCUGAAGCUGAUUCUGCUAUAUCAAAUGGUGAUGUGGAUCUUAUUUAUGGGUCACCAGAGUUGCUCGUUGGAAAUGUGCAAAGGAGGGAAAUCAUUCAGAAACUGGAUGUCAGUCUUAUUGUUAUUGAUGAAUUCCAUACUAUUGCCACAUGGGGAGGAAUGGGAAAUGAAGAGGAAGCUUUUCGGAAAUGGUUUCGGCACUUAGGAGAAUUGCGCUCCAUGUUUCCAAAUGCUGUAUUAUUAGCAUUAAGUGCUACCUGCACAAAAAUUAUUGAAAAAAGAGUGCUUAAUGUAUUGGGUAUUGAUAAAAAAACUAUAAAAUCUAUUAGACUGUCACCAAAUAAGGAAAAUAUUAAAUUCAUUGUCAACAAGAUUCCAAAUUCUAUGGAAUCCGCUAUGUUUUGGGUUAUGGAAGCUUUACUAACGAAGUGA